ACGAAAGUAAUUCGCAAUCGCGUGGUCACGAAAAUAAGGCGUUAUCCGCAACGUUCAAUUGAUAAGCCAGAGAUUGAACAGUCUCGGAAGUUUCUUCAUCAAGUUUGAAACGACUUAAAAUUCACGAUGGCAGAACUUUUUUCUCUUGCUUCUGUGAUAUCUCUGUCAGUAACAGCUUUGUAUGCUGGUGGAAGCGUAAUUGUUGGUUUACAUCUUGGUAAAAAACUGCCAAAAGUAGAAAGGUGGAUUCUGGCAUGGUUGGUUUUCGACGCUUUAGUGCAUUUUACUAUGGAAGGGCCCUUUGUAAUUCAUUCUUUGACUGGCACUGUGGCAGAGACAAACUUUAUCACUGCAGAGUUGUGGAAGGAGUAUGGGAAAGCUGACCGUCGCUGGCUGUACUCGGAUCCUACCAUUAUUUCACUUGAGAUAGUGACUGUGCUGGUUGAUGGCAUUCUUUGUCUAGUCCUCAUCUAUGCCAUCAUUUUUAAUCGAUUCUAUCGGCACCUCGUGCAGCUUGUGCUGUGUGUAUGUGAACUAUAUGGAGGUUGGAUGACAUUUUGCCCAGAGUGGGUGAAUGGAAGCAAGAAUCUGGUGACAGAUAAUGGUCUUUAUCUGUGGGUGUACCUUUUCUUUUUCAACAUGAUAUGGGUUAUCAUUCCAUUUGCACUCAUGUAUCACACUUGGGUUGAUAUCCGCGAAAAUGGAAUUGCACCAACUGUCCACUACAGACCAAUUAUUUUGUCCGACUUAAAUAAAAAUCAAAGUUCAGCUGACAAGGAUGGCCAUGUUGGGCGCUACAAUUUGAGGUCCAGAAAGGAGCAGUAAAGUGCAGCAAUCCCUGGAUUUCAUGGCAUUUCUUGUUCCUGUUUCAGUUUAAGAUUACUCAUUCGGUUCCAAUUUUUAUCUGACUUUUUUUUUCCUUUAUUGCCAAUGACAAGAUGCUACUGUUCAUACUGCAUAGGAUGAAAUGUUGUUCAUGCUCUCUAGUUUGUAUCAUAUUGUGGAAAGAAUGCCUGUUUGUUAUCCUGUGGGGUUGAUAUGUUAUACAGAUUACAUACAAAAUUUUAUGCUGCAUAUUAUAGAUGUCAUUAUUUCUUGGUGCUGACAAUACUUUGCUGCUUGCACUCUUCUUAUGCAGGGAAAAUCAUAAUCUUUAAUAUGUCAACAGCUGUAAAGUUCCCACUCCUGUUUCCCUCUUAUUAUAGUAAAUUGCAACAUGUUGCAGUGCUUAAACAGUAUUUAUAUUCAUGAGUUCUCUCGAAAUAUUUUUAUAGUAUUUAUGUAUUAUUAACAAUGACUAGUCUAGGGUAUCCAGUUACUCCUCCAAUGCUACACUAGUUUAAUUUCUGCUAAGCAUGUACUUUCACUAUUUAUUCAUCGCCAGUUUCGCUUAAUAAUGCCAUUCAACAUGUUCAUGCACUUAACAUAUAAUUAGCCCUAAUGGCUGCUGCCAGACCACACGUCCACUUCAGUCUUUCUUUGAUAUCAAGGCCUUCCUGCUCAUGGUGCACGCAGAUGUCACACCAUUGUCUUGCCUCCAGUCCUUCAGGAAAGAGUGCUACAAAGAAUACAUUAUCCAUUAGAUCUCCCAUGUGCAUUUGCACUGGGAGUGCCAAAAUGUGGUCAUCUCUUAAUAAGUCUCUUAAAAGAGUAAGCAUAUUCUCUUGGAUGACUCCGUUGAUGCAGACACGAAGUAAAACCUCGAUGAUCCCUGCCACUGCAUGUUGCAGGCAUGAACAAAAAUCCUUUACAGCAACCCAUGCCUCCACUUAUGUCUGGUGUUUCCUACUGUCUCUUCUGUAAACAGCGGUUAGUGCCUGUCACCAGUACAGCGAAGGUUGGCUGUCCUAGGUUCAGCUGUCUCAGGAAUGCUGUUCUCUCUGCGUAUGGCAUCUGUUUACAGGGGUGGCUGCCUUACUGUGAUAUAGCCUUAGUUGCUGUCUCAGCAUAAAACACUAAUUUUUCCACCUAUUUCCUCACUCUUCUGCAAGUUUAACAGAUUUUCCAACCUGUCCUCUGCUAACAACUUCAGAAAACUCAGAUCUUCUCAUGGCUAGCAUGCUCUUCUAGCUUAAGGAUUAUCUUAUCUUCCUAGUACCUAUAGUGUCUGCCAUCUCUUAAGGUUUCUCCGGGCACUAUGACCACCUGCAUUAUGGAAAUAUUUUAGUCUUAUACCUAACACAUGACAGUAUUAUUUUGCAAUAUCAGUGAUAUAAAACCCAAAAUUUGAUUUUAUGGCGAUGGGGGUCAUUGCUGAUGUAUCUACUAAAUCCACGCAAUGUGCAGUAUGUUGGGCACAGUCAAUAUGUAAAGUAUGAGCAGCAGGUUUUUAAAAAAUUAUAGGAUAAAGGUCCUAUUUUAUGAUAGCUCAUUUCAAUAUGUAGUUUGAAAAUAAGAUUUAUUUACUUUGCUGUACUCACGAUGGAAGCCUUCUAAUCUUGGUUCUAGUAAUUGUAUACAUAUAACUAUUUUCGUGGCUGUUAACUUACACUUUACUUGUCUGCAUGAGUUUCUUGUACUUAUGCAGUAUUUCAUUUUACUAAGUCAUUAUUUGAUGGAUAUUGUAGAAAAUUUUUGUGAUGAAAUGGCCAGUGCAUUAAGCAUAAUCUAAUAUCUAGUCUUCUUAUUACGGGUAUAAAUUUUUCUUCGUAAUAUAUUUCCCACUUUUUAUAGACAACACUUGCAGAUGAUAUUUGUGGCAUUGUAGAUUUUUAGUAGUAGUAGUAUUUUCUAGAACAUGAACCAUUGAUGUGUGCACAUGUGCAUAUUUGUGUGUGCAUGCAUGUGUGGGGUUUUUGAUGUGUGAGAAAAUGCUUUUGGUUUACAAGUCUUUUAUGCAUUUAAACUAAAGAUGUGUACCCUGAAGUCUGAAAAGCUUAUUUUAUUUUCUUCCGGCUUUUAUGAAAAUAUUUUUAUAAGUAUAAUAUAGACAUAGUAAUAUGUGAUCAUAUAAUAAUACAUAUUUUGUUUAUUCCAGCAAGCAAAAUAGAAAAUAGAUGUAGGGAAGCAUACCCAUAGCACACACUCAUACACUUUCCGGCUCUCUGCUGUUCAAGCAUCUGAUAAUUAUGUUGAAAAGUUAAGUUGAAAGAAGAUUUAUGUAAGCAUGUCUGUUGGAGAAACUAAAGCUGUUGUUAUAAAAAUGGGGAAAAGCUUUUGUUACUUUAAACAGGAGACUAUGAUUGACUUUUUAAGAAUCUUUAUGAUCUUCAAGCAGCUUUAUUUAUCAAAAUAGAGUUUCAUACAUGAUAACCACUUCAUAAAUUUAAAUUCUUCCUAAGUACCAUUUAUCUUAUCCAUGGUGUAGAGAAAAAAAAACUAUGCCUUGCUUGCAUGCCUUUCUUAUUCUGAAACUUGAGAUGCUCUUGCAAUGGCUGAGGUUCACAAAGGUGGUGGCAUUGUGAGAAGUAACAGUUCCCAAAAUAGUUUUUACAAAAAUAAAAAUGUUGUCUUCACUGUU